AACGAUGAGGUGACAUUUAAGAUCUACAUGUUCCCAUUCUUAUUGUAAAAACAUUUCAUGUAGUCUAUAGUUUUAAAUACGAGCAUUUUAUAAAAGCUUAUGUUAAUACGUCAGUAAAAAAACUUAAACGCUUGAGGGUAUCAGUGGAACCUGUUAGUGCUAAUAAAGAAAAGCAUUUCUUCUUUUGUCAGGUCUACAACUGCGCAGACAGACGCUCUGAAUGAGAGUUUUUCGGCAGCAUAGAAACCAUGCGUUCUGAUACACACAAGAGGGCCCCUAUAUCUACAGAAUUUGAAGCCAAGAGGAGUAUCAAUCGAAAGAGGGUCAGAAACAUCACAGAGACCAUCUUCAAUCAAACCGACCUAAAGGGAUGGUAAACACCUUUCUCACCAUAGUGGUAUUUUUUCUGUCUGUGGCACUGGACUGGGUCUAGCUAUGGGAGGUAUCUCUAUGAUCAUGUCUUAACAUCCUCUGCUCUUCUACGAGUUUCAUGGAACCACCAGUAGACAAAUCUGAGCUUCCACCCCCUGCUGUUUCAAAGAGACCAUCUCAAGGAUCCCAGCAUGGAAUGUGUCUGGCAUUACACAGCAGUGACCAGAGCAACAAUGCUUUCAUCUUUGAGUCUUCAUUGUCGUCAUCGUCAACUUCACCUCUGCAUUAUAGAGGUGAAGCUUCGCCAGACUCCAUGCGUAGCUUGUGCAGUCUGAGCAGUGCCAGAGCUGAUAGCCCGCUGGAUGUGGACAUGCCGGAGGUUGGGAUGGGAAAAAUAAUGGCUAGCAGCGAUGAUUCAGGGAUACAAAGUCCAGAAUGGCAACCUGACUGUAGUGAGUCCAAUGACAACUCUGUGUCUGUCUAUCUGGACGCCAAUGAAGAAUGCUGGAGUGAUGAUGAAGAUGAUAAUCAUAACGUCGCUUUGGUGGUAACACAGAAGGUUGGAAGAACUGAUAAUGAUGAUGAAAGAUCCUUGUGCUCUUCAGAAAAUGAUGAUGAGGACGAAGAGGACUCUUUUCUCUCUUUGGCAUCUGCAGAUUUGGUAAUAAAGAACCAGAUUGGUGUAUCUGCUCUGGAAACGCCAAACAAUACUCAAGGACAAACAGUAGAAGGUCAGUUGCAAAACUCCAAUUUAGUGCUUAAUUUAGCUACCGCCUAUGACCUCGAGAAGGAAGUGGACAGAGAGAAUGAUGACCUCUCUGUUGAGGUGGUUCCGGUCACUCAAUCUACUGACGGCAUGAACGAGCCAGUGGUGUCCCCUGGAGAUUUAGAAGGUAACGAAAUCUGCAUUAUCACUUCAGAUACCAAAAACAAACAGAUCAACACCUCAUCGAACGAGGAGAACCAGCCAAAGUCCACAGCUAAAAUGACCAAUGAUCUGGCAGGACGUGCUGUGCAAACCAAGACUCCUACGAGAGCUUCUCUUACCAAAGCCACAAAGCCAGAACUGAAGAGGUUCCCCAGGCCAGAUUUGAGGAACGUGAAGGCCAAGAUAAUCUCCAGGGCUGCCUUAGCUCCAAGAUCAACCAGUCCCCGAAAAACAAACGCUAAUCUUUGCCAGUCACCUUCACGUAUAAUGAAUAAACUUCCUGCAAGAGGAAGAGGCUCUAGAGCUUGUAGGAAAGUUGAAGAUAAAGCUUUCGUAAAAAGAAGCAGGUCAUCUUCUAGCCACGCAAGUGGGGCUGAGCCAAAGACCUCAGACUGGCCAGAGUCUAACCCUGAACCUAAACCAAUAGGUCUUCCCCUGGAGAAACCUGUCAUUGAGUCCUCAUUAAAAGACUGUCAGAAGCAGGAUAUAAUCAUUUUAUCUUUGCAAACACCAGAUGAAGAAACGGCAAUAAAAUCAGAAUCCUCUUCCUCUACUGAUUUUAUUAUUGAAGAUGCACAGCUUGAAAAAGAAGCAGAAGUAAAAACGUCUAAUUGCAAAAACAAGACUGUAUCUUCUAAGCUGGGACCAUCUCUAGGGGCAGCAUCUACCAAUGCAUCCACAUCUGCACCCCCAGAACACAGACUGAAGCCCCCCGGCCGAGAAGCCAGAUCUACAGGUGGUCUGGGUCCACCGGGAAGUCGAGCUGUUCAGCCGGCAGGUAUUUCAAAGAUGCGCACCACAGACAAAUCUACAACCCCCUGCAGCCCCACAACUGUUUCAAGCUGUAAGGUUCCUCAGAGAGCCUCUUCCAAACUUCCAGUGAAAGGAAUACCCACAAGCCCCAGCUCCUCAUCCAGUACAAUCAGUGAAAACAACAGUAUUGCUGUAAACAAAGUGCCAGGUGAAGUGAUGAAGAAUGAGGAAAAAUCUAUCAAGCAAUCACCUUCAUCCCAGAUGCAAGUAAAGUCUCCGGUCAGUAAACCUGUGUCUGGUCACCGCAGCAGAACGAGCUCCAUCCCAUCCAAACCAGUGGCAGGGCUGAAGGCCCCAGUGGUGACCAGCCACAUUACGGUUAAGAAUAGCCAGAAUGCUUUGCAGCGCAGUGGAUCUGCACGACAUGUUCGCUCAACAACAACAGCAGGCCCUGGAGGUCGCUCUCUCUGUUCACCAGACUGGCCACCCAUCUGUCUUUCCAGCCAUGUCCUGAUAGUGGACAAGACCUCCAAAACACCAAAAGCUGCAGGGACAACGGCCGGCAGGAUACAAUUGCACAGCCCAGCGGGGGGAAACGUUCAGACUGAGGAAGAAGAAGAGAAAGAUCUUCGGAUUCAAAAUGAGAAAAAGAACCAGUGUAUCCUGCAUCUCCGCAAACUCAUCGCUAACGGCAAUCGACGUCUGGAGGCUCUCGCGCUGGUUGUUCAGCACGUGUUCAGAGAGCGUGAGGUGGCAAUCAAACAGAAGGAAGAACUUUCCGUCCAGCUCAACAACCUGCGAGACCAACUUGGUAACUCGGUCUCAUGCUGUGAGCAGCUCGAAAAGGACAAGGAGGAGGUGCGGGUGUCACUCGAGUCAUUGUUGCAGAAACUGCAGGAGCAACAUCAGAAUGAAUUACAGCAACUCGAGGAGGGAUUACAAGAGUUUUAUUCUGCAGAAUGGGAAAAGACUCACCAGGCCUACCAGAAGGAGGCGGAUAAAUGCAGGGAGCUCAUGCUGCAGCAGGUGGAUGAGGUUAGGAGCAAACACGAAACCCUGAGGAACCAACAAGAGGCUGCACAUGCCAAGCAGAUAGAGACACUGAAAAGUGAACAUGAAAAUUCACUCGCAGAGCUCAGAAAGACUCAUGAACAGCACAUGAAUGAUCUGGGCAUUACACUCAUGGAGUCUGAGGACUUGUACAAUGAGAAAAUUCAGACCUUGGCAGCAGAAAACGAGACUCUGAAGGAGAAGCUGAGACAGGAAGAGGAGCGGAGGAGAGCUCUGGCAGAUAAGAGUCAGAAGGACGCUCACACACUGUAUUUGGAACAGGAGCUAGAGAGUCUCAGAGCUGUGCUGGAAAUAAAGACUAACCAGAUACACCAGCAAGAUAAGAAACUUAUGCAAAUGGACAAACUGAUUGAUGACAAUUUGAAACUGGAAGAGUGCCUAAAUAAAGUCCAGCAGGAAAAUGAAGACUACAGGGCUAGAAUGGACAAACAUGCCGCUCUUUCAAAGCAGCUCUCCACAGAACAGGCCAUGCUUCAACAGACCCUGCAGAAAGAGUCAAAGGUCAACAAAAGGCUAUCUAUGGAGAAUGAGGAGUUGCUAUGGAAACUACACAACGGGGACCUCUGCAGCCCCCGACGUCUCUCGCCCACCUCCCCUUUCCACUCGCCCAGAAAUUCCGGCUCUUUUUCCACAACCCCGAUAUCGCCCAGAUAGCCUACGACCUCGGAUCACCCUCACCUGGGGGCACCUAUGGACCUUUUGGCCAUUUUAUUCCUAUAAUAGGACUUGUACAGUUUGUACAGACUUAUAAAGUUUAUAAAUGUCCCCUUUCAAUACAAUGAUGCACAGUUGCACUUCUAGAUCGAGGAAUUCCCUUGAUCCGUUACAUGCUUGUUUGUCAUCUUCUAUGUUCUGUGUCUUUCGCUCACAGUUUUUCUCUUUGUUUAACAUUCACACACACAUUUCUCUGAGGAGGGGACACACCUCAGGGCUUGUACAUAGAGUAUCUCUCCCUCGGACUGCCAUUUGCUGUUCUACCUGUUUUACAUUUUAUUUGAUUUUAAUUAAAAAGUGGUUUGUACAUUUGCAGGGAAACGAUGUUAAGAUGUUAUUUUCUUUGUGUCUUCACAAGAAUGCUAUUUACAUAAGCAGUGGAAACAAGAAAAGGCUUAAAACUCAUGUCCUAAGUGCAUAUUCGUCCAGUUUGCUUUUCCUAACAUUGUGGAAUGUAUUUACUUUUAUUCCCAAACUUUUUUCCAGUGGCCUCCACAUUCAAAACACUGAGAGAAUGAUUCCCCAUCCACACACAGUGAUCUUCUUGUAUCUUUUUUUAACUGAUGCAUUAAACUUCUGGAUGCUUAACCUUA